AGCUCAUUCUGCUCCCGCUAGAGCGCGUUCUCUAGCUGAAUCCCUGCCCCCCUCCCUGUCUCCGUCGAGAGCGUUCGACUGCCGCUUUCCCAACAUUCGGUGCUUCACCUUGUCCUCGCACGAGCCACACUGUCGAGCUCUCGAUCCGGCAACCCCGGCGGAUAGAGGAGAGGAUCUUCUCUGAGACAGAAUAUUUUUUGUUUUCCCGUUUUCACCCUCGUCCUUCGGCUUGCGCUGGUUUGAGACAUCUCCGCUCAAGCAACAAAGUCAAUAUCCACCGGUCGCGGAGCUGGACAGUCUGGAACCGAGGCAGGAAUGGACUCACUGAUGAGGAGAUUGUCGGCUGCUCUAUAAGGAAUCUACUUCACUGUUCCAUUUUUUCGACCCUCCCUUACGUCGGCCUCGUGCCUACCUUGUCCGGCUCAUCUGAUAAAACCUUUGAUGAUGGAUAUCAAUUCACUUCUUUCACCGCAAGAUGCGAACUCACAAUCUGGGCGCUCAGCGCCCGCAUCGGGUUCUUCGUCCGGCAAUACCCCCCCUGCGCCCAGUCCAGCUCCUAAACCUCUACGGAAGGGUCGCGCCGCCGCUACGAACCGGCCCGUGAUGGCCUCGUCACCGCUCGCGACGCACGUCUACGCCCCUCCCUCACGGGCUCCUGAGCCUUCCCCGCCCUCGUCGCUGGGUUCCGCUGUUAACAUGGGUGGGAAGAGCGGAAGCGGAACGCCACCGACUGUAGACCUUCAGAACUCGCGGCAGCCGUCGACGCCGGGCAUGGACACGCUUGCUGAUCUCGCCUCCAUGCAACAUCACCAACCACCGCGGCCACGUGCCGCUAAUCUACGAACCCCAUCCUACGAGAGUCAACUCUCGCCAUCGACCAUCCAUCCGAAUGUCAAUCAGAUUUCGCAUAACACCCCAACUCCACGAUCGUCGUUUGAUAUCGCCAUGUCUGACGGACCGAGGGAGAGCGCACGUAGAGACUAUGCGGGCUCGUCGCUGCUUCCAGAUGCGCGGCGGAUGGCAACUGAAUUAUUUGCCCGCAUUCAGGUUAACCCGCAGUCGUACGAAGCGCACGUCAAUUUCAUCCGCCUGUUACAUGACGGGUUUGUAAAUCACGUUUACCCGCCGAAUAACCCGGAUAUCCAUGGAGACCCUCGCGAGUACGAUCUACUCAAGGAUAUGAGGACUGCGAGAGAGGAGAUGGACAAGCUCUUUGCCAUGGGUGAGGAUCUAUGGGCUGAGUGGAUCCAGGAUGAGAGUAUGUUGGCCACGUCGGUGAACGAACGCAUCGCCGUGAUGGAACUCUGCCAGCGGUCGAUCGAAGAAGAAUACGGCAGCACCAAGCUCUGGAUUAUUUACGGAGAGUGGGUGUUAUACCUGUACAAUUCCGCGCACGGCGACUCGAGCCAAAGCCGUUGGUCGGAGGAAGAUCGGCUGGUGGGCCGUGAAGUCUUCACCUGGCAGAGCGUCUUGGACACAUGGCAGAGGGGCGCUGAGGCAACGAGGUGGAGGAUCCACGACAGUCAUCUCGUGUGGGACCGCCUGUUGGAAUUGCAAGUGCGAGAUCUCUCUCGAAACCCGUCCCAGGAUAAGAUCGCGCGAGUACGAGAGCUGUUCGAUAUCCGACUGCAAACCCCUCACGCCACAUGGGACUUGACAUUCCAGGCGUUCUCUAAUUUCAUCUCAACCUACUACAACGCUAACUACGAGAAUAUUAUGGCAGAAACUGCAGGAAAAUAUGCCACUCCGGUCAAGGAUCAGUAUGCGGCUCGCGAGGAUCUCGAAAUUCGGCUCCGCAACGCCGCUGAAUCCGGGGACCGGGCUCAGGAGUGGGCAAUAUUUGGCGAAUACAUUGAGUGGGAACUUAAUCGCAACCGCCGGAGACGAAAUACUAACUUCGAACUAAUCAACGCAAUAUACCAACGCGCGGUUUUACGAUUCCAAACAGACGCGAAUAUCUGGGAGGAUUAUAUCAUGUUUUUGAUCGAUGAAUCAAUGCACGGCAAUGCACACCCGACAACAAUCUCUGCGCUCGACAGGGCGACUCGCCACUGCCCUGGCUCCGGCACUCUGUGGUCGCAGUAUCUGCUCAGCUCCGAAAGGGAAGGACAGCCUUUUACCAAGAUCGCCGAUAUAAAGCACAAGGCAACAAGCACCGGUUUACUCGAUGUUGGCGGCAUGGAAGAGGUACUGAAGGUGCAUACAGCAUGGUGCAGCUACCUUCGUCGACGUGCGUUUUUGUCCGAAGCAACUGAUGAAGACCUGGACGUGGCCGAGGUGGGAAUUCGUUCGGCGAUUGAGAGCGUCCAGGAACUUGGCGAGAAGAAAUAUGGUCGCUCCUACGAAGGUGACCCGCUUUUCCGCUUAGAGCGCAUUUACAUACGCUACCUCAGUGAAAGUGGCAGCUGGGACAGCGCCCGAGAAACAUUUAAGGGGCUCAUGGGACGUCGUGGCAACAGCUACGAGUUCUGGCUGACGUACUAUCACUGGGAAUUGGUUUCGUGGAGCAAGUUUGUGCAAGGUGAAGCAACAGUUGACGCUGCUCGCCGAACACCCAAUCCCAGCUUUGCCACGGCUGUUCUAAAACAAGCUAUCAAGCGGACGGACCUCGACUGGCCGGAGAAGAUCAUGCAGGUCUACGUCGCGCACUGCGAAGACUACGAGGACUCGGAGGAACUGCAGCUCGCAAUUCUGGAGACUCGCAAGGCAAUGCGAGCUAUCAACGCCCGUCGUCAGCGGGAAGCCCAGGAGGCUGCCGCUCAACAGGCAGCGGCGGCAGCGACCGAAACCCAGGAGGCUUCUCAGUCGGAAAAGAGGAAACGAGAAGAUGAAUCGACGGCAAACGGCCUCCCAACUAAGAGGGCGCGAGCAGACAGAGCGUCAGUUGAAGCGGAGCCAGUUGCGCUUCGCCGUGAUCGUGAAAAUUCUACGGUUGUGGUCAAGAACCUGCCUCAAGGCACCACUGAGCACAAAGUCCGACAAUUCUUCCGUGAUUGCGGUGCUAUUAAUGGUGUCAAGAUGAUGCCUGGUGAAGACGGAAAAUCGGAAGUGGCUAUGAUCGAGUUCAAUACUCGAGACGAUGCAGCCGCUGCACAGACUCGUGACCAGAAGACUUUCGAUGGCAACACUAUCCAAGUUCACUUCGGUUCCGAGACGACCUUGUUUGUGACCAACUUUCCCCCUACAGCCGAUGAAAACUACAUUCGAGAUCUGUUCAGCAAAUAUGGCGAAAUAAUAGACAUCCGGUUUCCUUCGCUAAAGUAUAACACGCACCGACGGUUUUGUUACCUGCAAUUCAAAACAUCUGUGGCAGCCCACAGUGCUCUUGCAUUGGACGGGUCGGCAGUUGGCAACGGCCUCCACCUUGUGGUGAAAAUCUCUGAUCCUUCUCGCAAGCAAGACCGCAAUGGCCCAAUAUAUGAAGGCAGGGAAAUCCACGUUUCCAAUGUGAAUUGGAGUGCAAGUGAGGACGAUCUGAAAGAGUUGUUCUCCAGGUUCGGCACAGUGGAAUUGGUUCGUCUUCCUAGGAAAGUCGACGGGGGCAGCAAGGGUUUUGGUUAUGUUGUAUUUAGUUCGAAGGAGGAGGCAACUGCGGCGCUGGCUAUGCAUGAGCAAGAGUUCCGAGGCCGCCCGCUCCACGUGAAGGUGUCUGCUCCUCAGGGCGCAAAACGGAUCGCAGCAACCGUGGUGACACGCGUCGGGAAGUCACAAUCUCCCGCUCCGGAGGCUAAUGGCGCUCCACCGGCGACCGACUUGGAAGAGCCUACGGGUGAGCGGAGGGACCGUACGCUGGGAUUGAUGAACGUUCCAGACACGGUGAACGAUGCGCGCAUCCGGGCUCUUGCUGAGCCAUACGGGAAACUCGUUAAAGUUGUACUCCGACCGGAUCACCAAGGAGCGAUUGUCGAGUAUGCGGACGUCAACCAUGCAGGAAAAGCGGCUCUGGAACUGGAAGGACAGGAGAUCACGCCGGGACGGAAACUGCACAUUGGAACCGUGGGCGAGAUGCUGAAGCAGUCCGCAGAGAAAAAAGCGCCAGUGCAGGCGCCGAAACCCAAGGACAAACCCAAGAGCUCUUUCCUUACCCCGACGGCGCCUAUCAAGCGGCCGCCCCAGCCCGGAGGGCGGAGUGGGAAGCGCGGGCACCUAGGGGUGAAGCGCGGAACGGCCCAGCCAACGAGUACCACGACGACAAUGACCACGACCACGACGAAUGCCUCCGGCGAGGGGAGCAAGAACCAGAAGAGCAACGAUGACUUCCGUGCGAUGAUCCAGCGGAGUCAGGAGGAUUCGAACUCGGAAUCAGCAUCAUAAUGAAAGGCGCACCCAUAGGUUGUAACGGCUGCAUGUGCAUGACGGGGCGGAGACACGGCGGUCAAGAUUCUAUUCGCAGUUCUAGUUUAAAGUUAUCUACAGGUUACAGGUCUAGACGAAUCGAUUCGUUCUGACAGGAUCUUUGCUGUUUCGACCGUUGUUCCACGUGAUGACGUCAGUGAUUUUACUUGGUGGGGGCUGAAGUGAAGCUAUUCCGACAUCUAGGAUAUUGGCCAUCACUUUCACAGAAA